GGCGCGGGGCAGGUGACAGCGGCGGCAGCGCGGCGCUGCCCGCCCGCCGCCCGCGCGCCCCCGGCAUGAUCCGCGGCGCCUGGAUGUCCCCCCGCGGGGGCGCCGCCGGCGGGGCCGUGUGCUGCGCGCCGCGCCGCAGCGACAAGCCGGUGGCCGACCCCGAGCGGGCGCAGAAAUGGCGCCUGUCGCUCGCCUCGCUCCUCUUCUUCACCGUGCUCCUCUCCGACCAUCUGUGGCUCUGCGCCGGGGCCAAGCUGCGGGCGCGGGAGCGGCCGCGGGGCCGCGGGCCGCGGGCGCUGCUGGCGGCCGAGCCGGCGGGCGGCGGCGGCGGCGGCAGCUGCGAGGCCCUGCUGGGCAACCUGAGCCGCGGCCCCGGCGGGCCCUGCCCCGCCGCCCGCGGGGACCUGGACUCGGCGUGCGCCCGGCUGCUCGCCCCGCAGCGCCCGCGGGCCCCCGGCGCGCCCCUGCGCUCGCCCCCCGCCGCCGCCGCCGCCGCCGCCGCCGCGCCCUUCUUCGCCUCGCCCUCCUCCAAAAGGACCUUCCUGCAGGCUUACUUCAGGAACUUCAACCUCUCCUUUUGUGAUACUUACACGAUCUGGGACCUGCUGCGAGAGAUGGCCGGCCCCGACGGCCUGGACUGCAGCCUGGACAACCUGAUGGUGGACCUGGUGGUGGCGGCGGCCGGGGCGCUGGGCGGGGAGGCCUGUAGCAGCUGCGUCCAGGCGUACCAGCGGCUGGACCAACACGCUCAGGAAAAAUAUGAGGAGUUCGACCUCUUGCUGGAGAAGUACUUGCAAUCGGAAGAGUACUCGGUCAGAUCCUGCCUGACGGACUGCAAGGCUGUCUACAAGGCGUGGCUGUGCUCCGAGUACUUCAACGUGACCCAGCAGCAGUGCCGGCAGCGGAUCCCAUGCAAGCAAUACUGCCUGGAGGUGCAGACCAGGUGCCCCUUCGUGUUACCGGACAAUGACGAGCUGAUCUAUGGAGGUUUGCCUGGCUUCAUCUGUACGGGGCUGCUGGAGAACCAGCUGCCCAACGAGGAGGCCAAGUGCUGCGAGGUGCAAUGGGACUCCUGCGAGCACCCCCCAGACAGCAAUGAGGACACAUCCCCCAAAUCCACGGCGUCAGAGUCACUCCAUUUCCACCGCCACGACCCCCACCUCCAUCACCAGAGGCAGAACCACUACCACCUCUACCACCACCACCACCACCAGUACCACCAGUACCACCAGCCCCACUCCCCGUCCUUGCUGCCGGUCUCCGCGGGGUCUCGCCUCAGCAGCAGCAGCAGGAUCAGACUGUGUGUGCUGGUCCUGAUGCUCCUCCACACCAUGGUGUCCUUCUCGAGCGUGCACGGCAGCACCGGGGGGCUCAGCCUGGAGGCCCCACCUGCCCUGGAGGAGAGCGUGGCACGGGACGAGUGACACAGAGGGCAGAGCCGACCUCCAAGGAAAAUGCCAGAUCUUUUUCCAUAAGGGGGGCACAUGCUAUUCCUCCAAUGGGAGGCACGGGAUUGGGGGUGGCGCACACGCACCCCCGCACAUCCCCCAAGAGCUGCUCGCGGGGCAUCCCCGUGGUGAAGAGUCUCUAACGCGCACAGGGCUGCGGGACCCGGCGCCAGAAGGGUUCGGGCAGGGCCAGCAUUCCCGGCCCCGCAGGCGCCGGGCGGGCAGGAACAGCACGGGGGCGGGGAGACCGAGGGGAGGGGUCCCUUGGAAUCGAAGGGUGUCCCCAUGGGACUGCCGAGGGUCCCCCGGCCGCUGCCGCGAGUGCCUUGGGCGCCCGCGCCUCCCCCUCGCGCCGUGCCGAGGUUUGACGGUCGGCCCCAGCCCUCGUUCCUUUUCUCCUGGGUCUGUGAAUCCCGAGGGAGCAGGCUGAGGGGCAGCACCUCCCGGCACAGCCUGGCCCACUCCUGUCCCAGGGAAAAGCCACGGGCUCGGGGCAGACUCGCCCUGGUGGGGCGCAGUGUCCUCAGUGCGGCGCUGCCUCGCUGGUGGCGUUUGGGGACAGGAGUGGGACGCUGUGACACUGCACUGUGGUACCACUCGGGGUUGGUCUCACUGCAUCCCAGCCUGCUCCUCCAGCCUGGCCUUUCCCGCUCCUCUAUGUGAGGAGGAGGAGAGGGAGGAGGCAAGGAGCAGGAGGGAUGUCCCCAGCAUUCCCACAUCCCACUUUGCCAAGUGUCCUGAUGAUUUGGUGUAACCUUUUCUGUUGUCCUUCCUGGCUGGUGAGACUGGUCUCAGUGAAGAGUUGGGGAGAUGUGACUCCAGCAGCACACAGGCUGUGAGGGAGAGGGUUCCCACAUGGCAGCAGUUUGGAUGCAGGGAAUCCCAAAGGCAUCCUUCCAUGCUUCCCAGCUACAAAUCAUUGACUGGAUGGCAGGAGGACUGGGCAAACGGGCUGGAGAAAUCUGGCUUGGAGGGAGAGUCUCCCACACAAAGAGGCACUAAUAAAGCCCAGCUAGGGAGGAGCAUUUUUGUGAAUAGUUUCAAUCCAUGGAUGCCCCCAGAUCCGGAAAUUUCUGGGAGCCCAGCUGGACUUGGCCAGGCAAGGUGCUGGCUGGUGCAGCCUCAUUCGGCUCACUUGGGGUGAUUUUUUUUAACCUGAGCUCAGCAUAUCCAGGGAUUCAGCCCCAAACAAACAUCAGAUCUCUAGGAUCUGAUCCCCAGGUCAUUUCCUGGGAAACUCCCAAUUCUCCACCCACCCACCAGAACUGUUCCCAGCAUGGACACUGCGAGGUGGUGCCUCCGGGCCGGGCACCAGGGGCUGUAAUUUGUCCUGGGUGUGGGCAGGGAAGGAAGAGAGGGUGUUUUAGCACAAGAUCACGAGUUGGGUGUGAAUUCACUCCCUGCUCCCAGAGGGGCUGGGAUGGUCCCUCUGUUUCCAGGCUGGCUCUUGACAGGAACCUACAGCAGAGCCCUGUGUGGGUCACUUCAGGAGACAGGGAUGGAACAGGAGGAAUGUCCUGCUGCAUCCCAAAUGGUCCCAGAUCCCUGUGAAGGUGCAAGAAGUCUCAGAGCUGAUGACCUGUAGGAGUUUUAUAGUUUCUGGUCUGUUGAGGUGAAGCAGAGCCCCGUGAGCAGAGCCCCAUGAGCAAAGCUACUUCCUGCCUGGCUGGAAGAAGGAAGUACCAGGCAUCUCGUGGGAAGCACAGGUUUCCUGACAUUUCCAGCCCAUUUCCAGACCAAAGAGGCUCUGAGAAGCAGCUGAAUGUUUGAUUCCUGCUUUGACUUGAAUCUCAGAGCUUUGGGGUGAUGUUUACACACCACCAGUUGCCUGUUCCCAAAGUCCUGCAGAGACGAGGCCUGUGAUCCCAUUGUCCCAUGGGUUUUGGGGUGGGAGAGGUGGUGCUCAUGGAAGAUGGAGAGUGUUUCCUGACCAGAUUCCCUUGCUAUUGCCACCCAAAAAGUAGGAUGUCUCUCAUUUGACUAUUCCUCAUGACAUCCAUAUAAUUUCAGCCUAGUUUACACCAAUCAGAAGAGUUGGACAUGGAGCAGUUCUGCAAACCAGGAUCCAAUCCCUUGGUUUUCUGUGAGCAGUGGGUUGUGGAGCUGCUCUGACAAGGAGUAAAAGCUCCCAGGCAGGCCAGGGGAGGGAGCACAGCCCCGUCCCUGCCUCCAGACAGCCGGAUCCUGAAGGAAAUUAGAUUUCUCCUGUACUGCCAAGAGUUAAGCUAAUUCCAGGCGCCUCUCUCAGAGAUAGACUGUGUCCAAUCUUGGAGCGACUCAUCGGGAGAGAGAAGAAUAGCCCAGUGUGGUGCGUCAGCAAGUGGCCCUGAGUCACUGGCCCUGUUCAUUGUGUCAUGUGUGACACUGAGCAGUGCUGGCGGGCACGCGGUGGCCCGGCCUCAGUCCCUGUGCCUCAUCCAGAUCUGGCACCAUCCUGAGGGAUGUGUGUACUUCUCCCUGCCCCAAAGCCCUUGUGCCCUACGGGUGAUAGAGCAUCAGACCAGGCUGGUGAUGGGUGAUGUGGGAUUCCCAGAGAAGCUGUGGAAGUGUCCAAGGCCAGGUUGUACAGGGCUUGAAGCAACCUGGUCCAGUAGGAAGUGUCCCUGCCCAUGGCAGAGGGUGGAACAACCCAAACCAUUCCAUGAUUUCAUGAUUUCCACAGAGCUGCAAGAGUGAGAUCCAACAACCCAAGUCAUCUUCAGGGUGUGCUGGCAGGGAUUUGCUGGGAUAACCUGGGAGCUGUGAGAAACAGUUUCACCUUCCCUAACACCAACUGGAGGCUUCCCUUAGGAGGUCAGGAGCAUGUGUUGCAUCGCAGGGAAUAUGGAAGUGGAGCCAGUGCAGAACUGGGCUGGUUUGGGUGGCUACUGGAGAGGUUUGAGCCCCAUCCACUGGGAGUGAAGAGGCCUCUGGGGCAGGAGAUCCACAUGUUUUCCAGGCUGUGGCUCCCAGGGAGUGUUCCCAAGAGAACGAGAUGCCAGAGAGAGCACAGGGGAUGUGGAUCCUCUCUGGGAGCGCGGGAUGGGCUUUACCUGCUGCAAGUGGAAGGAAAGUGCUGAGUCUUCCCAGAGCGAGGCUUUGGAAGAUCUUUUCUGUAGCGAGUCUGGGCUGCUGUCAAUAAGUUUUGUGGUUUUAGGGCACCAUAUGCUGCAUUCAACACUCUGCCAGUCUCCUUAAAUGGAUCCAGACAAGGCUGUUCCCAGAGCAGGAGCAGCUGGAAGUGGUGUAUGGAGCAGUCCGUCAUCAGGAGCCUAUCGGAUAAAAUUCCUGCCUUUGGUCUGACAUUACAACCUCCUAAUCCUCCAUCCACGAGCGCUCUGGCUUUGCUCUCUGAGCAAACAGCCCAGGAAGCAGACGGUGACAUUGUCUCACUUAACACCACUGGCAUUAUAUUUAUUUCAAAGUGGAGGGAAUGUGCCUGGAAAAGGAGGGAGUGUGCUUGGAUAAAGAAGGAAUGUGCCUGAAUAAGGAGGGGAAGAGCUUCCUUACCCUGUGUGUCCAGGGAUGCUUCGCCCCGAGCCCUGUGUCCACCAGAGCAGCGGCCCUUUGCAAUCCCAAAUGCUUUUCACAUUCCCAAAGCCACCUUGGAAAACACGAGCUCUAAGUGAUUUAUCCAACCAGGAACUUAAACCCAAGGGGCUUUGUCUUUUUCAUCCAAUGAUCUUAUCUCUUCUCCCUAAAGAAGAUGCCCCAUGUUGGGUUUAGUAUUGUAAAACUCAACUGUUCCUUCAGUGGACAAACUUCUCUUUGCUCAGAGAAAAUUCCCAGUGGGAAGCAGUGAUUCCUCCCUGGUGAGGGGGUUUCUCAUCCCCAGACAAAUGAGGGAUGGUGAUGUCUCCACAAGCUCCAGGUGUGGGCAGAGAGAAGGAGCAAAGGGAGCUGGGUCCAGCGUUAUUCCCGGGUUUUGCACUUUCAUGUAGCUGCCAGUUGUACAAAUUAAUUAAAAAUAACUGAAGAAAAAUCCCAAAGAAAGGCCCCGCUUCCUCUGGGGAACAUUAAUCAUUAGCUGAGUCUUUUUCUUAUGAAAAUACAGAUCCAUGGUAGCCCCAGGCAGAAGAUUCCCAGGGAGAGCCCUUACCAUUCGUGCUCGGAGUUAGGGAAAUCGCUUUGAAAGCAUCUGACAACUAAAGCAGAACAUGUUGAGUAACUUGGCAACACUGGGAAAACAUCUGGAACUGGUUUUCCUUCAACACAUUUUGCUUUGCUUCAAGAGGAGAUGUCAGGGCAGUUCAUUCACUGCCACUCAAGGCCAUGGGCGGGGCCAGGAGACACUCAGCUGCCGCCUGGAGGAAGGGAAUAAAGGGAAAAUCCUGGAUAUCUUCCUCUCCUGGGCAGGAUUCUGUGGGGCCAGGCCAUGGAGUGUCCCUGUGUGGAGCUCUGCAGAUGCCACCUGGUCUCUGGUGGCACCGAUGUGGUGGUUUGGGAUGGGCUGUUGAGGUUGCCUGGAAAUGCUGUGGCUGCCCCAUCCCUGUGAGUGUCCAGGGCCAGGUUGGAUGGGGCUUGGAGCAACCUGGGAUAGUGGAAAGUGUCCCUGCCUAUGACAGGGGGUGGAACUUCAUGAUCUUGAAGGUCCCUUCCAACCCAAACCAUUCUGGGAUUCCAUGAUUUCCACAGAGACAAAGGGAAUGAGGUCCCAUAGCCCAGGCUACCCUCAGUUUGUGGUUCAUCCUAAUCCCAUUCCUGCUGGCAUCUGGGAAAGGAAUGCCUGUAGGGCUUGGUGGAGACAAAGUCACGACAGAAACGUUCCUGGAUUCUGCCAGAAAGUGAUGGGGCAGUGUACUAGUUGGAAAGCAAAUCAGCGGGAGAUUUCAAGUCAGAAUUAUGAUUUAAGAAGAAAAUUAAAAUAAAGGCAGUAGUGCAGAAACACUGGCUUGGAUUGACAGAGUCAGAGCACAACCUGAGCCCCUGUCAGUCAGGGUGGUGGUAGCAGUCUGAUUAAAGGGUGGCUGCAGUCCUGUUGGAGUGAUGGAGGGGGUUCUGUCCAAGUGGUGAUCCUGCAAAAAGAUCUGGUCCUUCUCUGGAGGUCUGGUGGUGGUUUUGGAGCUCUUGUCCUCUGGGAAUCCAGUGGUAGUGCUCCCAUGGUGUUCCAAGCCUCAGAUUAUAUCCAGGUAGGAAUGUUUGGUUCCUCCCCUCAGGGCGGUGGGACGCACAAUGAGAUGUUGUAAUUUCAUGAGUCAUUCUGUGAGACCCUUCUUCAACACGUGUCACUUGCUCCUCCUCUUCUGGGCAUCUCCCACAGUGGUGCUGGAUGUUGUGGUGGUUGUGGAAGCAGAGCUUGUUGUUGUACCCCUUUUAGUGUCAGUCACGAAUUUAAUCUUUGCACAUUCUUUCUUGGCCUUCUCCAAUUUGUCCAUCUCAGUCUUCUGGGCUUUAGCUAGUGCCUCAUAAUAUGAAUCCUCUGACCAGCUAAGGGUAUCAAACAUGUCCUUUGGGUAAUUUGUACCGGUUUCAUCAAUGGAACAAAACUGGAUCAGUUUUUCAUAGAUGCUGGGGUUGCAAAAUUAGUUUUUCUUCGGGAUGAUAUAGUUCAUAUCCAUGCCUUCUUUCAUUUUCCUCUCAUACAACUUACCAAUUUUAUCCUGCAAUUGUUUACAACAUCUGCCUGGAGGCUCAGGAGGGAUGUUGAUCUCAUCUGGAGACACGUUCCACACUCUCUCUGAAAAAGAAGCAACCGGUUCCCAAGGAUCUUUUUCCUCCACUUCACAGAAUUCCUUUAGGUCACCAGCCUCAGGUUUUUCAGUCUGUGAAUCGUCAUCUGCUGACAGCCUGCUGUUGCCAUCAUCCUCCUCUUCGUACCCUUCCCCAUCCAGGCAGGUAAAGUCAUCUUCUCCAUACCCAACUGACCCCAGGCCUCCUUCCUCUCCCAUGGGCGCUCCCCCCAUCGCUCCCCGCUGUGUCCGAGUCCUUGCUGCAAGGAGAGGACACUGCACUUCACUGCUGCCUUCUUCCACUUCGGCCACACCUCCAGGAGUGCCCCACUUCAGGCACCAAAAAUGUUCUAGUCUGAAAGCAAACCAGAGGGAGAUUCCAAGUCAGAAUUAUGAUUUAAGAAGAAAAUUAAGAUAAAGGCAGUAGUACAGAAACACUGGCUUGGAUUGACAGAGUCAGAGCACAACCUGACCCCCUGUCAGUCAGGGUGGUGGUAGCAGUCUGAUUAAAAGGUGGCUGCAGUCCUGUUGGAGUGAUGGAGGGGGUUCUGUCCAAGUGGUGAUCCUGCAAAAAGAUCUGGUCCUUCUCUGGAGGUCUGGUGGUGGUUUUGGAGCUCUUGUCCUCUGGGAAUCCAGUGGUAGUGCUCCCAUGGUGUUCCAAGCCUCAGAUUAUAUCCAGGUAGGAAUGUUUGGUUCCUCCCCCUGGGUGGAGCAUCUCACAAUGGGAUGAUGUAAUUCUACUGGUCAUUCUGUGAGACCCUGGUGGCCCAUUGGUGGUGAUGGUGAACUGGAGGGAGUUACCAGGGCUGAGUCAUGGGGAAGGAAAAGAACACUGCCCCACCUAUCUUUUGAUUACAGCUUACAUUGUAACCCAAGACAGGCAGGGAAUUCUGUGCAUCAGCUUUUUGUGCUUUCCUGGGGCUUUCCAUCCCUGGGGCUUAAAUCUCUUAAACUAGGCUGGAAAAGUUGGGAAGGGCCAUGUCUGAUGUUCAGGUUGGAUGUUAAGGAUCUCCUUCAGCCCAAAAGUUAGCUCAUGGACAUCCCAGCUGGAGGUACCACCAUCACACAGCCCCAAAACCAUCCUUUCUCCCACCAAAGGAGCCUGCUUGGAGCUCCUGGAUCACAGCAGCCCUGGAGCUACACAGCUCCCACCAUGAGUCCAUUUUAUUCCAGGAAUGGAAGGAUUUUUUGGGUGUUCUUGGGUGACCUCCCAGCCCUAUGUGUCUCUGUGAGGAAGGAGGAAGGGAGUAGAGGGAAUGCUGUGGUAGGGGAUGGACCAUUUUUAAUUCAGGAUCAUAAAUAAGGAAUAAUAAAUUUUAAAAGUUGUUGGGAUUUUAUCAAAACUCUCAGCCCCUCUCAAAGGCCUGGGCAGGAGAUGGGUGAGAUCCUGAGCCCAGUCCCUCCACCCUUUCCUGCUCCACAUCUCCAGGACUCGUGUUCCAGGCCAGGAGCAGUUUCCAGCCUCUUUAGCACUUCAGGAUGAUCCUUUUUCAGCCCAGAAAGUCGACAAUUCUGCUUGUUGUAAACUGAAACUCAGCAAAAAAACCCCAAGAAUUAGGUUUGGCUUAUGAAAUUUGGGGUUGGUUUUACCAUUUUUAAAUGUAUUUGGGAACUGGACAUGCCUGAAUUGCAAAACAAAAAGACAAAAAGAGCCAGACAGUGAUUUUUUUUAAUUUUGAAACUUGUCAAAACAAGCCAGAUUGAUCAUUAGGACCAAUUUUUUUUCUUUUUUUUUCUUUUUUCUUUUUUUUUUUUUUUGCAAAUUGAGAAAUGCAUCCAGAACAGCCCUUUCCCACAAAACCUUUCAUUUUCCAAAAAGAAUAUGAGGCAAAAAAAAAUAUUAAAAAAUACCAAUCACACUUUUUCUGCUCGCACAGUUGGAACGGGCAGCAGCGGAUUGGGAGAGAAUAGCAAUUUGUAAGGAAUUCCAACCAGCUCUCCUUAAAAUAGCAUCCAGCCAGUUUCUCCAGGGCAGGAGGCUGGGUGGCUCCAUGGUGGGAACAGGCUGGAGUGAAUCCUGGCUGAGCAGGUCGGGAUAACACCUUGGGAAUGCAGGGACACCUCCCCCGUGGGAAUGGAGAUGCUGACGCUUGGGAGGAAUUCCUGGGGAGCCCGGCCAUGCCUCUGUGGAGGUUUGGUUUGGUUUUCUGUUCCAACCCAAACCGAUUCCAGCUCCUCCGAACCUCCUGUUCAGACACAGCCUCAGGAUGCCUUCAAAAGGGAGAUGCUCCUGUCUGAGCACAGGGGUGGAAAUUGGGAACAAAUUCCGUGUGCUGGUCCUUGAGGGAGCCAACGCCGUGUUCAGGAGGGAUGUGGGAAGGGAGAGCAGGAGGAGACCCCAGCGCCUCGUGCCCUUCUCCCCCUGGAGCGUGUCUGAGCUGGGGCUCCCUGCCUUGUGCUGGGUGUCCCAGGGCCUUGGGGGGACCUGUGGGGACCUCAGGGGGACCUGUGGGACCCGACCCCUGCAGUGCCCAGGCUGCUGGUGCCCGAACCCUUCUCAAGUGCUUGUGCCAUGGGUGGUGACAGAGCUCGGCCUGACCCCAACGAGGUCCUUUAACAGUGCGUGGUGGUGAAACACAAACCAACAUUGCUGAACUCAAAGUAUCCUUUCUAAUCCCCCAGCCCGGUUUCUCUUUCUUUCCAGCUUUUCCUCCUCCGCCUCCUGGACCCUCCCUCUGUUCCCACCCCCCUUCUGUUUCUCUUUCUCCCUUCUGUCAUAAGAAAGUGACUGUGUCCUCGAGGGGACAGUUUUCUUAUGCCAUUUUAUACACUGUGCUUCAUGUUUAGAACUUUUUUGCACUAGUUC